CUAUAUUAGAAGGAUCAUGGAUGGUGAGCAGACCACAGUCUGGAAAGCAAUGGCCAAGACUCCUGCCUCUAUUGUGUUAAUCAUUUAUACAUUCAUAUCAGUCUGGUUUGUUGGUGGCCUGACUGUCUUCCAUCUUUAUCUUAUCGGCACAAACCAGUCGACAUAUGAGAACUUUAGAUAUCGAUAUGAUCGGCGGAUCAAUCCCUUUGACAAAGGUGUACUCCGUAACUUCUUAGAGAUAUUCUGCACCAGUAUUCCUCCAUCCAUGAAUAGAUUCAGGUCCAAAGUACAGAAAGAACCCGAGAUACCAGCUCGUGAAGUAGCUGGUGGUUUUAUUAGUCCGAACUUGGAGAAAACUAUGAGCGACUUAGAAAUGGGAAGGAAACCAGCUUGGCGUGAGAUUGCAAGAGGAAGCGGUGAUUUUGAAGGACAACCUAGAAAUGAUAGUCAGUUAGAUAAGGAUGAAGAGCUCUCGGCUGCAUCCCCAGAGCUGAGCAACUCCACCUUGGCUGAGGGGCGUAGUAUCCUACAUCCCAGACGCUCUAGUUGGGGAAGAAGAAGUGGAACUUUGAACAUACCACCUGAUGUAAUUGCCAUGGCAUCUGAAAUUGGAGAGUCUAAUCGGACUACUGUCAGUGAUAGUGCUUACCGGACUGACUACCAGCAAUAGUAGCUGAUCUGGUUGCUGUUUAAAUUAUUGUAGAAGAACUGACAAAUAGAGAUCUUAAGCCAGAGGAUGAUAGAAUCAAUGGAUGGGAUCUAAUUAUCCUUGAGGCGUGCUGUUGUGUGUCUAAUUCUAUUUUUUUUUUCUUUCUUUUUGAUAGUUAUUUGAUGUGUGUUUAAUCUUUUUGCG